AUGUCCAGCAGCGACGACGACAACAGCGCCAGCGACCGUGGCAGCGGCAGCGGCAGCGACAGCGGCGGCAACCCCGCCCCCCGCAAGCCCUACACACCCACGACGACCAUCGCAUCAGCCUCUUCGUCCAACGCGUCGUCGGCGCCCGACCUGUCCAUCCUCGGCGACACGGUGUCGCUGCACCCGGCGGGCUUCAACAGCCCGGCGCUGACGCCGUCGACGUCGCCGGACCGCAACCUGGUCGAGGGCGUGGCGCGGUUCCGGACGGCGCCGUUCGAGUUCCUGCGCGAGCUGUCGUCGCACGUGUCGGGCCACGGCUGGCGCAGCUACGACGACGUCAUCGGCCAGCCCGUCUUCUACGCCGGCUUCUCCGAGCAGAUGAAGGCGCGCGUCGUGGGGAAUCCGAUGCUCAAGGCGAGGAUCAGGGAGUUGGCCGCGCGGAGGGUGGGCGUCGAGGAGGGGGAGGGGAGGUUUGGGAGGGGGAAGGGGGAAGGGGUGGAGAGGGAGAAGGAGAGGAGGAGGGCCGAGGUGCAGGGGCAGUUGGAGGAGGUGGUCGAGGGCAUGACGGACGAUAUGAUUUGCAUCCACGUCAACUCCGAAGAGGUCCUGCGGUUGCGCGCAGUCGCCGAGAAGGCCGAGAGAGACAAGCACAGCAUCAUCUUCCUCCCCUGUCACCGCUCACACGUGGAUUACGUCUCAUUGCAACUCAUCUGCUAUCGACUGGGCCUUGCUUUGCCCACUGUUGUCGCGGGUGAUAAUCUGAACUUUCCACUUGUCGGACAGUUCCUGCAGCAUGCCGGUGCUUUCUGGAUUCGCAGAAGCUUUGGCGAUGAUCAACUAUACCAGACCGUUGUGCAAUCAUACAUGGACGCGCUUCUAACCCACGGCUAUAACUUUGAAUGUUUCGUUGAGGGCGGCCGAUCACGAACGGGCAAGCUCCUCCCUCCCAAAUUCGGCAUCCUCAGCUUCCUCCUAGACAGCGUGCUCUCCGGCCGCGUAGACGACGCCAUCAUCUGCCCCGUCAGCACCCAGUACGACAAAGUCAUCGAAGUAGACUCCUACAUCUCCGAGCUCCUCGGGCAGCCCAAGCCCAAGGAAAACCUCCGCGACUUCCUCUCCGCCUCGUCCGUCCUCUCCCUCAAGCUCGGCCGCGUCGACGUGCGCUUCGCCGAGCCGUGGUCGCUCCGCGCCUUCAUCAACACCCAGCAGGCCCGCGCCUCGCGCCUGCCACCUGCCAUGGACAGCAAUCCCAACCAACCCACCGACAAGGCAUCCCGCCUCCGCCUCCUGCGCACCCUGGGCUACCGCGUGCUGUCCGAGAUCAACGCAGUCUCGGUCGUGAUGCCGACGGCGCUGGUCGGCACGGUGCUGCUGACGCUGCGCGGGCGGGGUGUGGGAAAGAGCGAGCUGGUGCGCCGUGUGGAGUGGUUGAGCGAGCGCGUGCGGAAUGCCGGGGGUAGGGUGGCGCAUUUCGGCGGGGCGCCGACCGAGUAUGUUGUCGAGAGGGCACUGGAUGUGCUAGGGCCCGGACUGGUGGGGAGUGUGGCCGGGUUGCCGGAGGAGACGUUUUAUGCUGUUGACCGCUUCCAACUCUCCUUCUACCGCAACAUGACAAUCCACCUGUUCAUCCUGCCCGCCCUCGUCUCGGCGGCCAUGUACACGCGCGUCAAGCAGGGCGGCGCGCCCGCCCACCAGCGCAUCUCGUACGCCGACCUGUACGAGCAGGUGGCCUUCCUGUCGCAGCUGUUCCGCGGCGAGUUCAUCUUCCCCACCGAGGGCCUGGCGACGAACCUCGACCGCACGCUGCGCUCGCUCGAGGCCGACAAAGUCAUCAAGGUGACGCGGGUGCAGCGACCAGCAAGCGAAACCACGGGCGGCAAGGAAGAAGAAGAAGAAGAAGAUUCCGGCGUCGUCCAGUGGGUCGAGCUCAGCGACGAAGAGCGCGAGCGGGGCCGCGAGAACUUCGACUUCUACUGCUUCAUGAUAUGGCCUUUCGUCGAGGCGAGCUGGCUCGGGGCCGUGAGCCUGAUGAUGUUGACGCCGCCGCCACCACCACCACCAGCCGCUCCCGCCGGCACAGCAACAAAAACAAACGAAGCCGGCAACACGAGCAGCAGCAGCACCACCACCACCACCCCCUGGCUCGACCAAAAAACCACCCAAGACCGCGCCCAGCUCCUCGGCAAAACCCUCUACCACCAAGGCGACCUCUCCUACUUCGAAGCCGUCAACAAGGAGACGCUCAAAAACGCCUACACCCGCUUCGAAGAAGACGGCAUCGUCGUCGUCUCGCGCUCGCCCUCGCUCUCGCGCGCCCCGCCGGCCCUGCGGCUCGCCGACGAGUGGGUCCCGCGCAGGGACCCGGCGACGGGCCAGAUCGUGGCCAAGGGCCGCCUGUGGGAUUUUGCCGAGAUGAUCAGCCAGAGCAGGAGGGAGGGGAAGAAUCGGAGGGAUGGCAUGACGGUGCGGAGGAGGGUGUUGGGGCUGGUGGAGAGGGUGGGGGCGGAGUUGUGGGCGGGGGCGGCGGCGGUGCGGAAGGAUGGGGAGGGGAAGGGGGGAGAGAGUGAGGGGGAGGAGGGGGAGAAGGUGGCGGAGGCGAGGAGGAGGAAGAGGAGGAGCUGGAGUGGGAGUGGUGGGGGGGCGAGGGCGAGAUUGUAG